AUGGACAGCCUUGGGACAAGUCCUUCUCACAUCCCUACACUCUGCCCAGCGAGAAGUCCAUGGCGCGAUCCGAGACGAACCAGACGCUUGACACUUUUUCAAAGCGCCAUGAAGAAACAGCUAGAAAUUCUUCAUGAAUCCAUCUCCGUCAGGAAAUGGAACCCGUACCGCGCGGACAUCGAUGGCCUAAGGGGUGUUGCAGUGAUGGCCGUGGUUCUCUAUCAUCUGAACUCUUCUUGGCUUCCGACAGGUUUGGUGGGAGUGGAUAUAUUUUUCACGAUCUCUGGUUUUGUCGUGACGUCGUCCCUUUGGGGUCAUUUUGAAGAGGACCAGAGCUUAUGCACCUUUUGUUGCGACUUCUUCGCCAGACGUGCCAAGCGCCUGCUCCCAACGGCUCUUCUGGUGAUUGCAUCCACCGCCUUGGCCCUGGCCUUGGUGGCUCCCCAUUGGGAUCCUCGCACCGAACGAUUUCUGCUGGUGGGCCUUUCUGGUACGUUUGCAAAUGCCAACAACUGGCUUGUCUACGAACGUGAUGACUACAUGGAUUUUUUCAGCAACGAUGUCCACGACUACAAUCCCUUUCUGCACCUUUGGUCUCUGGGUGUUGAGGAACAGUUCUACAUCGUGGCACCAUGGCUUCUCUACCACAGUUUGCAGGCGCUGGACAAAGGCAACGGCGCGACGACCUGGAUUUUCCUCACCCUUUCCGUGGCAAGCAUCAUGUUCGGUUGGUGGAUUGACCAGGUGAAGGCUUUUCUAUGUUGUCUCUUACAUCUGGGGCAAAGUCUUGAAGAGACCUGCCCAUUAUCCUCAGAUGGCAGUUGCCAACAAGCGAAGCCAGGUCAGGUUGUGCCAUCCUGCGAAGAGGACAUUGAGCUGAAAGAUCUGGUUGAGAGAGCAAAGCUGCUCUGCAACCCUCGACAUGUACCUGAAAGUGUGCGACCACCCAAGAAGAUCUCAGGCUUGUACUGGCUGAAGGGCCUUCCCCUGCCAGAUAUUGCUGGGUGCUUCAGUACCGGAGAGUGGGAUCAAGCGACAUUGACCUUGAAACUGAUCGUUUGGCGGGACUUUUUCUUCAAGAACGACUUUGCGGGUCGAUCUUUGGCUGGAGCGCUUUACGAGAGUUCCUUCGCCUAUUUGAUCAAGUUCAAGGAUGAUACUCUUUCAGAAGCUGACAUCACUCCGACCACUUCGUCGCGCCUCUUCUCACCCCUUGUGACAGCUUUUGCAUCCAUCAGUUCUUUUCCAUUGAUCGAGGUCACCGGAGUCCCUCCUGGCAAUCGCUAUGCACGGCCAUCCUAUUUUGGCAUCGCCGACUUUAAGGUGCUGACCAACGAGUACGAAGCCUGGAAAAUCCUGGACGCCGAUCUGCACCCGGUCAUGGAUAAUGUGCAGAUGAUGAUGAAACUGUUGCCGCGGCAAAUCGGCGACAAACACCUGGUGAAGUUCUCCGAAGGCCCCUGCGCGGCGGACACCAAAACGGACGCCCGGCGAAGCGAUCGCAGCUGCUCCAGCGGGGUCUUCCUGGAGCUGGCCAAGCAGCCGCGCUUAGGGCUGCUGCAUCAGGAGAUUGAAGGUGGUGAACUGAAACUGCUUCACGCCUUUGCCAGCGGCUGCCAUGCAGAGUAUAGCCUCAUUUGCCGCGAGGGCGUUUUUGAGGUCAAGGAGUCACACCUCUGCAGCAGCGGCCACUUCACCGGUCCGGGCGCAGCGGUGGUGGAGCAAAGCUGGGAACUCUGUUCCUCCAAAGACUUCUCCCUGAGUUUGUUGACGCCCGUGCUGGACCUUGUUUGGGACGUGGAGAUCCCCAUUCAUACGGCCGUGGAAGGAUGUCUGCGGGUAUCCUUGCCAGAAGAUUCUCCAGAGCUGGAGAAGAUCCGGGGCAGCAUGGAGGAACAGAAGAAGGCGUUGAUCCAGAGGAAGAAGGAAGUGGGUGGUUGUCCAACCUUCCGGACCGCCAGUGAUCGCUUGGAACGGGCAAAAGACUUUGAGGGGAGUGGCCUGACAGGAGCCUUCUCGAGGCAAUACCUGAAGCUCCUACAGAAGGAGCUGUCGGAGAGGGCCAAGGUGUGGUCCCAUGCCCCUCCCGGCGCCAACCUGGAGACCUUGAUGGACUCAGCCAUCCACGUCGCCUCACUGGCCACGUUUCUGCCCUAUUUCGCAAAUCGCACCACAGCAUUUCGAAUGUGCGCUGCUCUGAACUGUGGCGAGCCUGUGCCAUUCGUCGACGGACCCAUGCGAUUUCAUUACAAGGAGGUGGCAAAUGUACAGGCUGACCCCAAACAGAAGCGAGUAUGGUCCUUGAUCACAACAGCUCCAGCAGAAGAGUGCCAUGCCCGGACCUUGCCACUGUUUUUCAGCAGUGGAACUCCAGAACACACGCAGUGGCGCAUGCUUCUGGAUGCAGCUGGCUUUGCUGAUAUGCACACCAAGGAGUUGACGUCCGCUUCAUCCUUGCUGGAUGCUGCGUGGUUGGAAAAGGUCCGUCGCGCCAUUGGUCUGAAAUCCAUGCUGCCUCCGCCCACAGAGAUGGAAGUCGCACGUAUCGUUAUCCCUUUGGUCUUCGAGGGCAUUUGGGGAAAGAAGAUGCAAUCCUCUGAUGUCUACAAGAUUCUGCCUUACGUGGAGUUCGGCAAGAUGUGCAUUUUGGGCAAGCGCGGGAAGAGCAUAGGUGUGGUACAACCAAUCGCUGUUGGCGCCAGCAAAUCUGCAGCUAUUGCCUUUGCCAGAGACUCCCCGACUGCUGAAAAGCUGGCCAAGUUGAUCCAAGAACCCAGAUUUUCGGUGCUGAAAACGCUCUUGGAGACCACCGAACAGACAGGUGAGUCACUGCAAGACAAGUUGCUUCGCAACAUUAUUGACGCUUCGCUUUUUGCAGGGGUUCUUGGAACUACGGACAUGACUACCAAGUGUGUGCAGUCCCAAUUCAAGGAUGGAAAUCAUGUGAUGAUGUUCCGCAAGAAUGCUGGUUCCUACUUGCAUGAGUUGAUGAGACUGGAUGCCGCAGUUCAGCAGUUCACCACUGCAUUGGAUAAAGAAGAGACCAUGGUGUUGGAGGGUCACAAGGUGGCCUUCUCUAAGGGGCAACCUGUGAAUAUGGUCAUGGCCACAGCCAACCGAGAUCGCAGCGUCUUCCCAGAUCCAGAUGUUUUUGAUCCUGAUCGGGAGAACCUGGACAUGAUGUUGACCUGGAAUGGACAGUUGAAGCACGUCAUGGCGCGCAACUACAGCGGAGCUCCGCGCUUUUGCCCUGGAUAUCAGCUGUCCAUGAAGGUGGCGAAAGAGGUUUGUGCGCAAUUUACCAAGGACUUGAACCAAUGGGGUGGCUUUCAACGUGAUCACAAGAAGAUUGAAGGAUUAGUGAAGAUCAAGACUCGAGGCUAUUUCGGCAAACAUGCGGCCGUGGCCUAUUUCGAUUUUUCCAAAGACAAGUACUGCCUUACAGAGAAGCACCACCAUGAUGAAUACAUUGGUUGUUUUGAUGAUGAGGAGCUAGAGGUCAUCGAUCCCAACGGCGGCCGUCCCAAGACCCUGGAGGAAGAGUACAACAUGUGCCCGAAGCUGGUUCCAGCGAUGAUGCAAACGAUGUUGCGAGUGCUCGCCAAGCAAGUUGAAACACAUUCCACAAUUGGAUGGAUGUUGGAGAGAUUGCUUGGAAAGAGACCUGAGUCAGAAUCCUUCCACCCAGAUUGGGCCGAUGACUUUGUGAUCGGCUUGUAUGCAGGCAUCAACCUCAUCAGCAUGCCCAUGUAUGCAUCUCGUCAUGCGAACAGCGUCUUUGUGCCUCGCAGAAAGGGCACGGUGGAAGUCUUCUCCGUGGGAAACGUCGUUGCACCCGACGUGGACAUCGACAACCCCAAGUUUGUACCUGUAGAGUGGUACAUCCCACAACCGCUCCUAGAGAUGGGAAUGGUCCCGGCCAUGACCUGCUUCCAUGGUUUCCUGCGGCAGUUGCCCUAG